AAAUCAAAAAAAGCAAGCAAAUUAUGGGAUAAUCAUUCCAAAUAGGAAACGCAUGAAUACUAGCUUUCUUCCGACCUCAUCAUAUGUGUCAUCAUGCACCUUUGGGUUCUGCUGUCAAACCCCCCCUCCCCCCUUCAGUCCUUCACCCUGCUCCAACUUUAACUUUUCACCGCCUUCAUAGAAUAAUACUUUGCUUUUAUAUUCAGACCAAAAGUUGGUAAAUAAGACUGCGGAGAAACAUCAGAGAGAGAGAGAGAGAGAGAGAGAGAGAGAAAGAGAGAGAGGGCUUCAGUUGAUCAGAUUAUGUUAUUAAAGCCUAGAGCAAUAACAAAAGGUUCCAUAUUACCCCCUCUAUUUUCUGCUGUGAUAGCUUUGAGUAAUUAAAAAGGGUUGAAAACUUGCGAUCGAUCCAUGUUAGAGAAGAUGGCAGGAGAAGCAAUCUCAGGUGCUUUUAAUCAGGAAACGGUUGUUGGAUCCAACCCGCCUGUCGUAAAGAAGAAAAGAAAUCUACCAGGAAAUCCAGAUCCUGAAGCUGAGGUCAUCGCCCUGUCGCCGAAAACUCUAAUGGCAACCAACAGAUUCCUGUGUGAGAUAUGUGGGAAAGGCUUCCAAAGGGAUCAAAACCUUCAACUUCACCGGCGGGGACAUAACCUUCCAUGGAAGCUUAGGCAAAGAACCAGCAAGGAACCCAAGAAACGCGUCUAUGUGUGCCCGGAAAAGACCUGCGUUCACCACCACCCAUCAAGGGCUCUUGGAGACCUCACUGGUAUAAAGAAGCACUUCUGUAGAAAGCAUGGAGAGAAGAAGUGGAAGUGCGAGAAAUGCUCAAAGCGGUAUGCUGUGCAGUCUGAUUGGAAAGCCCAUUCCAAGACCUGUGGCACUAGGGAGUACAGAUGCGAUUGUGGAACUCUAUUUUCACGGCGAGACAGCUUCAUCACUCACAGAGCCUUCUGCGAAGCUUUGGCAGAAGAAACAGCUAGAGUUACUGCAGCAUAUAAAAUGAACAAUGCGAAUGCUGGGAACAUCAGUUAUCCUUUUAUGGGGACUUCGCUAAGAUCCAACAUGGUGCAACAUUUCUCUUCUGUUUUCAAGCCAAUUCCAAGCAGCAAUGGAGCAAUGGAUCAGACUAGACCAGGACUCUCUCUGUGGAUGGACCAAGAAUCCCAGACUAACCAAGCAAUGAGCAACAAUCUCACAGAACUACAUCAAAUGGGCUCUUCGAGUAUAGGAACAGUUUAUGCUGAUCCAUUUUCAAAUCCUCCACAUACAGAUUACCAAGUAAACUGGGCAUUCGGAAAUAAGCUCUCAUCAACGAAUGCUGGAGAGCUAACCAGCACCACACCGCCAUUAACCAACCUCAAGGAAGUUGGGAGUCCCCGACUUGCUAGUGCUCCUUCCUUGUAUAGCACCCAACACUACCAUCACCAACUGCCUCCAGCAAUCAUGUCCGCAACAGCCUUACUACAAAAAGCUGCUGAAAUUGGCGCUACUUCCACCAACCCAUCAUUUCUUGAGAGCUAUGGACUGAAGUGCAACAACAACCAAAUUCAAGAUGGAAACAAGUAUAACGAUUUGUUUUCUCCAAGCCUCAUACCAACUAAUCUCGGAAGCGAUUUAGACAACUCGGUGAGGGAUCUAACUACUUUGAACCAUUUGCAGAUGUACCCCAGAAAGCGCCCAAAAACUCUGAACGAUGAUGCAGAAGAAGGGCAGACAAGGGAUUUCUUAGGGGUUGGUGUUCAAACCAUCUGUCCGUCGUCAAUCAAUGGAUGGAUUUGAUUAGAUGGGGGUCUCAUGAAUUGCAUACUUCUCCAUGAAAAGCAUAGUUGAUAAUAAAGUGGGGUUCUUGAGAUUAUAUUAUUUUCAAUCUUUGCAGAGAGAAAAAGGAAGUAUGAGUGCUUAUGGGGGCUAAAAGAUGUGUUUAGAAAACUAUUCAAGAGUUGGAGGAGGAGAUCCAUGCAUAUUCUGUUGGAACCCUCAAAGCUGAUCUUUUAAAAUUGGUCCCUUUUUAUUUUAGGAAAAAGGGGGGGUUAGUAGUGGAGGCAAAGCAAGAACCCCCUUUUUAACUCCAUUAUUGCAGUGUUUCAUCUCUAUCAUGAUUCUGGUCUUUUUCAAGCUGGGUUUUACAGUAUCUCAGUGGUAUAAAGUUGGAUUUGAGUUCAUAGGCUUAGCUAAUUAACGUAUCUAGACUUUCCUUCUACACAACCAUGCAUAUUUUCUGUACCAUGGAACACAUAUAGAGAAGACCUUGUGUAUACAGGUAAAACACUGUCAGAGUACUUGGAAAUGAAGGAAACACUCAAAACUUUGUUAAGAAGAUUAGACGUAACUUUCUUAUCUUCUCUCUGA